AACGGGGUUGCGAAAGAAGUCGAAUUAAUGGCUAUUUCGUCUGUCUAAGGGACAGAAACGCCUUCAAUAUCGUAUUGUGCUCAUCGAGAUAAGCUCGUUGGUACCACAUUUGAUGUUCUCUGAUACUCAUUAGUCUUAUUUCUCCAAUGGCGUUUUAGGGUAGACUGAAAGAGCUGUUUGUCAAAUACGGUAAAGUCGGUUUAGGAGUUCAUUUAUCUAUGUCUGCCAUGUCUAUAGCGGGCCUUUAUGUUGCCAUUAAAAACAAUGUAGAUGUGGAAUCUAUGAUUGGCAAAAUAGGUCUUCAUAGUCAUUCCAAGGAGGAGACAGCGAAAGAAAAUGAAGUUGCAAAUCGGUUGCCUGGGGAUGAAGAAAUAUUGAGUGGAACUAGAGAUGGGACAGAAGAGAUGAGAAAGCGGGGUUCUGAUGUGCUAGUAUCGGGCGGGGGAGCAUUGAUGCUUGCACUUCUAUGUAAUAAGGUGCUUUUUCCUGUGCGCGUGCCCAUAACCAUUGCUCUCACGCCUCCUGUUGCCAAGUUCCUUGCCAGUGGGAGUCUUGUAAAGGGUGGUUUUAGAUAGGGUUUUACUUUCU